UAUGGAUACAACUACAGCACAUAACUAACCUUAAAUUGAAACAUUUGAAUCUAAAUUGAUUACCAUACAAGGAACUUCUUCUCUUCCUAAUGAACAUGUUUACCGUAUACGAAAAACAUUGCAUCCAUAAACUACUGCUAACUAGUUUCAUUUGAGCAAAACUUUAAAUUCAUCAGUUAACAGUGUUAACCAACUCUGUCAUAUCUGCAAUAAACAUACUUCAGCAUCUACAACUAAAUAUUGUGCUUGUUAGGAUAGAUAAUAUCAUUUAUUAUGUCUAAUAACUCACAUAAAAUUAGAAUAUAAAUAAGGUAAUGGAAUUAUGUAGUGCCCUUAUUGCAAUUUGUAUUACCCCACUGUUUUACAAACUAAGUAGUUAUUAAUUUAAAUUAGCUUAUCAUAUCAAAACCUAACAAAGAAGUAACUACUAGUAUAUGCCUCUGCUUUCUUAAUUUUGCUAUUAUUAAUAAUCGUUGAGGUGACCAUAAUGAUAGCAAUGAAUCUCCAUCUUCCCUUCUAUCUCUUUUUAUCCAUUCUCAUAACAAUAGAACUGCUUAUUUUACUUAGAUUAAUACGAAAAACAAUAAUGGUCGCUCGAAUUGUAAGAUUUUCUCUUAAAGAAUAUUAAUAUUGUGAUGAAAUUAUUUAAUCAUAGUACGCUGAAAAUUCCUUUAGAAUAAUAUCAGCACUCAAAAAUAAUAAAGCCGAGUAAUUGUUUACCGAAUGA